AUGACAGAUGGCGGCUCUUCCUUCCGCACACUCCCUCGCCUCACUUGCUCCCUGUCUUCUUCUUCCUCACCUCCUUUAAAAUUCAACAUCUCCUUCGCUCCUCCAAAGCCCAAGCCCAAGCCCAAGCCCAACCCAGGCCCAGGGACCGAUCCCGAGGACGAUGACGCGGGCCCCGACCAAUUCCUGGUCCCGUGGAUCGUUCGAGGCGAGGAUGGGAACCUCAAGCUUCAGACGCAGCCUCCGGCGCGUCUGUUGAACGCGAUUGCAACCGCCGAAACUGGAAGUAAGAAGAAGACUAAGAAGAGCGAGAAGGAAGUUAAGGCGACGACGAAGUCGCCGCCGCAGCGGUCGAAGGCGGCCCGGAGAUUCUACAAUGAGAAUUUUAGGGACCCUGGGACGCGCCUCAGCAAGGUUCUUGCUGCUUCUGGAGUUGCAUCGAGAAGAAGUUGUGAGGAACUUAUAUUUGAAGGGAAAGUCACUGUCAAUGGUUCUGUGUGCAAUACUCCUCAGACUAGAGUUGAUCCUGCAAAAGAUGUUAUCUACGUGAAUGGGAGCCGUCUUCCUAAGAGGCUGCCUCACAAGGUGUAUCUUGCCUUGAACAAGCCAAAAGGGUACAUAUGCUCAUCUGGGGAGAAUGAGUCCAAGUCUGUUGUAAGUCUAUGUGAUGAUUUUCUGAAGACCUGGGGUAAAAACCAUCCAGGAGUACCCACACCAAGGUUAUUUACUGUAGGGCGCCUUGAUGUUGCUACGACUGGGUUGAUUAUUGUGACUAAUGAUGGAGAUUUUGCCCAAAAACUUUCACAUCCAUCAUCUAAUUUAACAAAAGAAUACAUUGCAACAGUUGAGGGUUCGGUUUAUAAGAGGCAUUUAAUUGCCAUAAGUGAAGGAACAACCAUUGAUGACGUCCAUUGUGUACCUGAUAGUGUGGAAUUACUUCCACGUUUGCCUGACGUUCAACGAUCUCGUCUUCGCAUUGUGGUUCACGAUGGAAGGAAACAUGAAGUUCGUGAACUUGUAAAGUGUGCUGGACUUGAGAUUUAUUCAUUAAAGCGAGUACGCAUUGGUGGUUUCAAACUUCCAUCAGAUCUUGGUAUAGGGAAGUAUGUUGAGCUAAAUCCAGAAAAUCUGAAGGCAUUGGGGUGGAAGAGUUAAAAAAGGUUGCUCUCGAACUGUUGGGUUUAAAAUAUUCGCCAUCAGUGAGAUUAAACUGCUCGGAAGCUAUUAUCGAAGAAUUUGCCAAUGCAAUGGUUUUUGUUUGGUCGGGGCUGUCCGUCGCUGGUGCAUUUCACAUUUCGUGGGAGUUUUGAAAUUAGCAGAGCAGAGUGCUUUUCUUGAGAUUUUGACAUCAAACAAAACUGAUGUUGCAAUCAAUCAUAUCUGGAAGACUUGGGAAAAAGAUUAGAUUACUGCAUAGCAGUUGUACGACUCUUUCUUAUGACUGAAGUUCGAGGGGAUUGCUGGUAUAUUUGAUUUAAAGACCUUGUUCCUGACUGCACAGUAAAUAGAACUAGUUUUACUAUUUAGGGUCUGUUCAAAUGAGAGGGUUUGUUUUGAUAACUUGGAUGCAUAAAUGUAUACAUGAAAGAAAAAGAGACGUUUGUUUAA